AUGGGUCGUAUGCAUUCUCACGGUAAGGGUAUGAGCAAGUCUGCUCGCCCAUACAAACGCUCGCCACCUUCGUGGCUGAAGGUCUCAGCUGAGGAUGUGGAGGACCACAUUUGCAAGUUUGCUAAGAAGGGUUUGACCCCUUCUCAAAUUGGUGUCAUCCUACGUGAUUCACAUGGAAUCGCUCAGGUGAAGAGCGUCACGGGCUCUAAAGUACUUCGUGUUCUCAAGAAGAACGGUCUUGCCCCUGAGCUACCGGAGGACCUGUACAUGCUCAUUAAGAAGGCGGUGGCUGUUCGCAAGCACUUGGAGCGAAAUCGUCAGGACAAGGACUCUAAGUUCCGUCUUAUUCUUAUCGAGUCGCGUAUCCAUCGCCUUGCUCGUUAUUACCGCAAGAACCGCAAGCUUUCGCCCAAUUGGAAGUAUGAGUCUGCCACUGCCUCGACUCUUGUGGCUUAG